UCUGUAUGUUGGCUGUUCUUUGAUUGUGCAUUUGAUUGUUUGAUUGAUUUGUAUGUCACUUUUUUCCUCUUCUAAUUUUGUUGGUAAUUGGGUUUCUUGUGAUCUUUGUUUAUGUAGAUCUGCAUAUUUUUCCUCUUCUAUGUCUGUUGGUAAUUGGGUUAUUGCCCUCUUUGUUGAUGUUGUUCUUCUUGUUUUCUACAUAUACAUACAGAUAUUCAAUAUGUAAAUUUAUAGAUUUUUUUUUUUUUGUGUAUAUGGUUUUAAAAAACCCUAAGUCCAAAUGAUCAUCUUAUUUUACUUAUUGAAAAAUUAGUAGGGUUGAUUUUUCUGAAGGUUCAUUUUUUUUAGGAGUGGAGAAGUUCUGGAAAACAUUUGUGAAAGGAAAAAAAUGUAUAAUUUGUAGGCUUGUAAAAAUAAAAUUAUAAUAAAAAAUCUUCAAGAGAAGGAAAACAUGGGUGUGCUUGCUGUUUGGGUGCUUUUCUAAUAAGCUUCACUUUUCAAAAAAAAAAAAAUUUCAAGAGAAGAAAAGAAAGCUUGUUGAGAUAUAUAGAUUGACUGGUUUAGUUUAAUGAUUCUAUUUUAUUUUAAAUUCCCAGAAACUCUUUUAUACCUCAUUGGGACAAACAGAGCAGUGGAUAUCUAGUAGUGGAGUUCAUUGUUCUUUCUCAUGUCUAAUGCCCAAAAGUUGCAGAUGCAUCUUGUAAAUCCUUGAUGUUCAGUUUACACACUUUCACAAAGACUACAUUUACACACACACAAACAUGUAUGCAUAUAUAUAAAUAUAUGUAUAUUCACAUGUGCACACAUAGGUAUCACCAAGCAUUAAAAUUUUUUUUUUUUUGAAUCACAGUAUUACUUAGUCUUCCUAGUGAGCUAAUCAUUGAUACAGGAGAAUUGCCUUCUUUGAGGUGCAUCAAUUGAUGAUGAUAAAAUAUAAUCCUAGGUUGCAUAUAGUGAUUUGAUUGAUGACAAAGGAAGAGAAUUCUUGGUUCAAUUUUCUACCUUAGCGACCGAAAAAUGGGAAAAAAGAAAAAGAUUGAUCAAAUACUAUUGAGUAUGAAUCAUAAUGAUCAUUUAUCAAAAAAUCACUAUAGUUAUUAGAUGAUUGAACAAUCUGGAGCAAUUUACUUAAGAUACUUAGUUGACAUCCAUAAAAAGUAUUGAAUGAAUUAUAAGUUCAAUACAUCCUAUUUAGCGGAAAGAUGGAGUAAGACUUCUAUUUGUUUAUUGUAAGAGUUUUCUUUCAUACUCCUAUUAUUUAAAAAAUAAAAAUCACGGGGCAUGUAACUCAGGCAACCUGCUGUGUUAACAUUGAUCACCAAUUGGUUGUAACUUCUAUAAUGAUAUCAACCCUUCCAUUCUGGAACAUGUUCGAAACUCCAUUGUUUGCUUAAAAUAAAAAGCAAUUAAUGGUAUCCCUCUGUUGGGUAGUGGAGAGAGAGAGAGGUAUUAAUAUCCUCCAUGUCCAAAUAGUUUUAUAAGUGAAUAGAAUAUCCUCCAUGUACAAAUAGUUUAUAACUGAAUAGUUACAAAUCUGAAGUCUGAACCACUCAAUAAAAUUCUUCUGUUCACUAAUAUUAGGCGGUCUCUUAUUAUUAUUUUUUUUUCCCUAAAUGGAUGUGGUUUUAUUGAAGCAUAAAAUAGUUGAGUACAUAUAGCACAGAGGGCAUACCCUCAGGAAAACAAAGCCAGCAAGCAAACUGAAAACAUGUUUGCUCUAAACAGAAAGAUCUAUAAGAGUAGAGCAGCAUCACCAAUAGGAAUCUUGGCAGCUUCAAACACCUCAAAAAGAACAGACUUUGCAAGCUCACAGGCCUGUUUUGAGGAGCCAUUGUCACCCUUGUGCACCCUAUCAUUCCUUUCAGUCCACAAGGCAUGAACAGUGGUUGAGAACAGCAUCCUACCAAUCUUACCAUGUAAAGCAUUACCAGUACAAAGUAGUAGCAAUCCCUUCAGCCAACAUCAUCAGGCUAUGGACUUUAGCCCAAUUCCAAUGAAGCAAAUCUGCAAACCAGUGCCAGACAGCAGCAACAAACGUCAAGUGGAGGAAAAUAUGAUCUCUAGAGUCUUCGUCCCAGAAACAGUUAUGGCAAAUUGCUAUAACAGGCAAGCCUCUUUUCUUGAGAAGGAAGGAAGCUUAUCAUGUAACGCAAGGCAGGUUGUGAAAGAGAGUCUUGGUCUGCCUGAGUUCCACACCAACUGAGCCCAGUGCACUGUGGUUAUGAUGCCUACAUUGCUUCCAAGCUUUACUAAAGGCAAUUUUGUUUGGAUAUGGCCAACCCUGAUGAUAAAAAUGACCAUGAAUGGAUGGAGAGAGUGAAAUCAGGAGGAGCUGUUCCACUUCUCGAACCUGAUAACUGUGCAAAUGGUUGGGCUUCUCCAUCUGGAGAUAUAUUCAAGGUAAGAGGGCCUGACUACUUUUCAAGCAGGGUUAAAAUUCCUGGCGGUGAGUAUCUUCUGAAACCUCUUGGUUUUGACUGGAUCAAAAGUUCUACAAAGAUUUCAGAGGUCUUAAAUAAUCCAAAACAUCGAGUUAGGAGGGCUAUUGAUGAAGAAUAUCCAACAGGUGAUAAGCCACUUGUUUGGGCUUUCAACCUACAAGUCCCAAGCAAGGACAAUUACUGUGCUGUUGCAUAUUUUGUAGCCUUGGAGCCUAUCCCUGAGGGGUCUCUGAUUGAUCAGUUCUUGAAAGGGAAUGAUGCGUUUAGGAAUUCACGGCUUAAAUUAAUUGCCAACAUUGUCAAAGGACCUUGGAUAGUGAGAAAAGCAGUUGGGGAGCAGGCUAUAUGUGUAAUUGGACGAGCACUUACUUGCAAGUAUUGUAUAGUAGACAAUUUCAUAGAAGUAGAUAUAGAUAUUGGAUCUUCCAUGGUGGCGAGCGCAAUUGUUCAUGUGGCUUUUGGUUACUUAACAACGCUUACUGUCGAUCUUGCUUUUCUUAUUGAGGGCCAAACUGAAUCAGAACUUCCUGAACGAAUUUUAGGAGCUGUAAGAUUCUCCGAGCUGAAUACUUCUUUAGCUAGGCCGGUUGAACUUUUAUCUGAAACGAGCACUGGUACUUUGCAGUCUUCUCUGUCCACGCGAUUAUUGAAGUCAAUAGGGAAGGGUUUCUCGAAUCUUAUUCAUCCAGGCGUUCAGGAAAGCAGCUCCCUCAAUGGUUCAUCACAUGUUCAGGAAAGCAGUUCCCUCAAUGGUUCAUCCCAUGUUCAGGAUAGCAGCUCCCUCAAUGGUUCAUCCCAUGUUCAGGAAAGCAGCUCCCUCCAUGGUUCAUCACAUGUUAAUGGGGUUGUUAAUCAUGCAGAAUCCAAUGAAGACAUAAGGAAAUGGUAA